UCUGACACCCUGCGAAAAGAACAAGGUUGGGUGGUAUUCUGGUCCCGUCAGCUUGGAUCGAGGUGGAUUAGCCUGCGACAAUGGCUCAUAUGGCCCCCAAUCCUACUGCUGUCGAACCCAUGAUCAACGAAUUCGAUACGACUAUCUCAGACUCCCCCUCAAGUCUUCCUCAGACACCCCGCGACACCAAACCUUCGUGGGUCGCUGGCAAACGGAACAAACUCCUCAGGCGUAUUCCUCUCUUCAAGCCGCCCAAGAUGGAGGCGCACAUGAUGGCUUCGACUUCAUCUACGCCUACAGACAAUCAACAUGUCGGAACUGAGUAUACCUCUACCCAACAUGAGGGAGCCGCUCGCUCUGUUUCUCCCGAUUCAGCGUUACUCGGCAUGGGGCACGGUGGACAACACGGAGAAGGAUCUCAGUCGCCGCCGCCGCCGCCGUCCAACUCACAAUAUCAGUAUCAGAGCGUUCCCUCGCCGCCAUUAUACCCGGAGCAGCCGCAGUCUCCAAAGGAGGCGGACAUGGGCAUCUAUCCUGCUUACCCUGCCACGUUCCCCGGAGGAUUCCAUUCAUACUCGCCGCCGCCCAUGGCAAUGUACGGAGGAUCGCCCAUGACACCUCAGGUGAUUAACUUCCAGAACUGGGGACAGGCCUAUGAUACCCAGAGCUUGAUGAGUUCCCCUCAAACCCCCUUCACUCCAUUUGGACAGCCACCUUUUGGGCAGCAAGUCUAUGGACAAGCAGGAUACGGACAGCCACCCUAUGGACAGCCACCCUUCGAAUGCCCUUCCCAGAGCGGCCCAUAUCGCGACAAGGUCAGCUGGCUGGGGACAACCUUGUGGUUCCUGUCUAUUUUCUCAACUAUCGGGAGCGGCAUCUGGUUGGGUGUCGCCUUUAUUCAACCUAAAUGGGGAAAAACAGUUUCCUCCACUAAUGGAGCCCUUCCACCGUCGACGGCUUCUUUGCUCACUGCUCUGAUUGCCAAGUUGAUCGAAACCUCCUUCGUUGCCGUGUUUGUUGCCUCUGUUGGUCAGAUCCUUACAAAGAAGGCUUUUGAUGUUGGAAACAGAGGUGUUACGUUGGGCGAGUUCGGCAUGAAGAAUUGGGUUGUUUCGCCAGGCUUGAUGUUUACGAAUAUCAGAUCCUGGAAGAAAGUGGGAUUUACCCCCUUAGGUAUUUUAUGUAUGCUCGCCACCCUCGUCGCAGUGCUAUACACCACAGCCUCGGACGCCCUCGUUGCCCCCAAGUUAAAAUGGGGCAAGCCCGAAAUGAUCGUCAUGAAGAAUUACGCCAUGUCUGGCUAUGGGAACGUAACCUUCGUUAAACAAAGCUGUCACCUGCCGGAUGGGCUGCUGGCCGAUGACCAGGGCCAAGAUAGUUGUCUUGCUGCGUCUCUUUCGGGUUUCUCAUACCAUAACUUUCAAGCCUUCCUGUCCACAUGGUCAGAGUUUGGCCGUAACAACACAAAGCCAGAGGGGCGUUACAUGCCUAACAGGCCCCCAGUAACAGCAACGCUUUAUGACAAUGUCACUGUUACAGGGACGUGGAUUAAUACCGAACAUAGUGACCCCAUGACAAGCUACGAGAAGUACAAAAGGAUUGUCAACAAUGUGACUCUAGCAGUUCCUCACCCUGGUGUGUACGACGCAGCAACGGAUCCCACAAACGAAAUCCUCCAGCCUAGCGAUCUUUCCGGAGUCGGAGAAUACAGGUUAGCGGCAAGCGCGGUCAGCCCGGCGUUGAAUGUCCUCUGCGUGGGGAUGACCGAAAAGGAGCUUGCGCCUCUUGUAUAUACGGCAUGGCCCCAUGCCAACUUGACGGACGCGGAACUCCCAGGCGAAAAGACAGGCGGAUUGAACUGGAUAGACCAGGUCCCUCGUUACGACUGGGCUCCCAACGAAACUGAAUGGCUAAACCGAACCGUUGUGGACGACAUAUUCAGAUGGGGCGCAGCCUACCAUCGACGGCCACCGGUCUUUCAGAGGUUUCCGUCAGAGUACAACGUAAUCAUCAAUGCGACAGUGCAAGGCUCAACAAACUGGACCUACAAAUCAGGCUCUGUCUAUACACUCGUCAACAACAAUGCCACGGACGACUAUACGUUGUGCGAGAUUCGGUCGUGGCUCUCCAUCAACUGUUCAACGCACCUCAACAUCUCAGGGACAACCGGCGCUCAUAUGUCAGCCAAUUGUGAAGAUGAACAUGAUCUUGUCAGCUACCGCAAGUCAGUCCCAGACGCUGUGGAAUCGGAUGAGGCUGACUGGAAGUGGUUGGCGCAAUCAUGGCAGCUAGCCAUUUACAUGAAUUCCGGGUUGACGACUCUGAAUGCGUCGCGAGAUCGAAUCCUAACUGCACUACCUUUGGAGGAUCACCAUCUCCCCAACAGAGUGCCAUCCCUCGCUGAAGUCCUGGCGGCACUUGUCAGCCCGACGUUGAUAUCUGGCUCUAUAAAGACGCCUCUUGUUAACUACUGGCCCCCAGAGGCGGUAAACGCUCCUUUGCCAGGAUGGGAGAAUAAGUUCAACGCCUCGAUUACGAAACAAGAGUACACAUCGGGCUCUGCUAUGGAGUGGCAACGCGCGUUCCUUUUGAUUCUGAUUUUGGGGUUUUUGCUAAACUUGUUUUGCUUGGUCCAUCUGUUCAUUCAGCUUAGGGGACGGCCACUUACCGACUUCACGGAUCCUGCAAACUUGUUUGCUUUGGCCAUCAAUUCUCCUCCAAGUCAGGCACUGAGCGGAACAUGUGGAGGCGGACCCAAAGGUUAUCAGUUGGAUGUGCCAUGGCGUAUCGGCUACUCGGAACAAGCAAACCACUACUUCUUUGAGGAAGCGACUGAAAAGAGGCAGAGGCUCAAGAGGAAGAAGGCAAUUGACCGUCGGGAUAUGGUCACUUCGGAAAUGGAGCUGAUAGACUUCAAGGAUGGCGAUACCAAGGCGAAGACGGAUGAUCCAAGACAGAGCUAUGUCAAGUUGAGCAACCAUAAGAGCUGGUUGUAAGGGUAUCUAUCCGGAGGAAAUAAUGUUGCUGAUUCGGCACGGGACAUAGCGCAGCAUGGAUAUUUGCUGUCGGUAACACUAGGUGAAGUAAUGACCCAUAAUACAUGAUUUUACGCCUCUAUCCUUCAUUUUCCCCUCUUUCCCUGAUUCUUUGUCGUCAAUUGAUGCCACCAGUACUUAAGAGUGGGUAGCCUCUGCGUCUAGUCCCUCACAAUUUCCGAGUGAGUAACAAGCCAAUAUGCAAUGGAUGUGGUACAAGCAGCCCGAAGGGUGUCAUUGACAGCGGAAUAAGGCACGUCUGAUAUUACCUGCACAAUCAGGCAAGAUUAUCCCCACG